ACCUAGUGGGGAGUUAUCUCUCUCGUGUUGCCUCUAUUUCCCAGCAAACACCUCGGGGAGGGCGGAUAGUAGUGCUUCUGGUCUUGGGAGUGACGUGUGGUUUAUAGGUCCAGUAUCCGUGGCAGCAGCCGAUUGCAGUUACUGAAGAGAAGCUUCUACCGACAGUCGUCUGGGCCGCAGCGCGCUGUCGAGACGGCUCGGCAGCUAAACUGUGCUGCUCCAGGGCAGGCACCACGCUGCAUUCAUCUUUACACCCCAGCAUCUAGCAGUGUCGGCACGUAGUAGGCACUCAAGAAAUGUAUGCUGAAUGAACAAUGCCUGUGACAAGCAACUGGACUUUAUUCUUUCCUGACCCUUGCUCCUAUGACAUACCUCCUGAUUGACACUAUCACCCCUUCAAAGCAGAACUUCUCUAGGGAGCCUGGAAGGGAAACAGCUAUGGCCAAGGACAUCUUGGGUGAGGCAGGGCUGCACUUCGACGAGCUGAACAAGCUUCGGGUGUUGGACCCAGAGGUUACCCAGCAGACCACAGAGCUCAAGGAAGAGUGCAAGGACUUUGUGGACAAAAUUGGCCAGUUUCAGAAAAUCGUUGGUGGUCUGAUUGAGCUUGUUGAUCAGCUUGCCAAAGAAGCAGAGAACGAGAAGAUGAAGGCCAUUGGUGCUCGAAACUUGCUGAAAUCCAUAGCGAAGCAGAGAGAAGCCCAGCAACAGCAACUACAGGCACUGAUAGCAGAAAAGAAGAUGCAGCUAGAAAGGUAUCGGGUUGAAUAUGAAGCUUUGUGUAAAGUAGAAGCAGAACAAAAUGAAUUUAUUGACCAAUUUAUUUUUCAGAAAUGAACUGAAAAUUUCAGUUUUAUACCAGGAAGGCAAAAAAAAAAAAAGAAAGAAAGAAAAAAAGCACCUCAACCAAAAAACAAAGACCAAACCUCUACCAUUCCAGUGAUUUGAUGUAUGUCACGGCAGUGCUCCAGGGGCAGCUGGUAAACUGUGCAGCCACUGCUAGUGGCCAAGCAGCACAGGGCCUUACUCUUCUCAGCACAAACUAAGUGUCUGUAAAUGCUGAUCCACUUUUUUGGGAGAGGUGGUUAAAUUCACAAGGAAAAGCAAUAAAUACCAAAUAAAUACUUUC